AUGGCGGCGCGGGUUGCGAAUGGAAGUCCGAUGGUGGAGGCCGACGAGGCGAGCAACUGUCGGAGCAUGAAUCUGACGGCGGCCGAGCGGCAGCACAUCUGCCGAUCCUGGGAGAAGUACGCCUCAAUUAUCGCCUUCCCCCAGAAUCAUUUGCAUAGUCGUCGUCGCGUUUAGCUCAAGCACAAUUACAGAAAAAAGGGAUAUGAGGUUUCAGUGGCCCUUGUUCUUUGACCAAAGUCCUUCUAGCGAAUGAGAGGGAUCUUCUAGGGUGGCCAGAAAGGAUCGCUUGGUUCAUCUUUUACAAUAAAACCAGGGAUUUGAAGAGAAAAUUCAUCCAUGGACAUUUUUAAAAAGGCAUAGAUGCAAAUAAACGAAAUUUUUUUGUAGAAAAACUGUUUUUUUAUAAUAUUUUGAAAGAACUUUAGGUAAAAAAAAUUAUAUUCCGCAUUGACAUUGGUGGAAAUCUUUGACCUUAUAGGCGCAAAUAGAAAAUCAUAUCUGUAUCGAUCAAUUGGUGUAGUAUUUCAUAGAACCUACUGAUAAUCUAACACUCAUUUUCAACCGGCCAGCUCAAUAUUUUCUUCCGAGGUUUUUCCACCUUGAACCCUCAUAAAAUUUUUUUUUUCAAGGGCAAAAGUUUGAGCGUUUGAAGCUUGAAAUUUUAAAAUUGGAAAUUCAUAUUUUCAAACUCCUCUUUUUCGACUAUUUUAAACCCGGGAAUAUUUUAAAGGCUGUGCUUCUUUUAGCAUUAUUUUCAUCUGAAAUGACCGGGUUCAAAAUUCUCCUUUCAAUUUUCCCGUGUGGAUUCCAAAUUGCAUUCAGUGAACUUUGUGCUCUGGAUCCCGUGAAAUUAUAAUUUCUUGAGGAGAGAUUUGUUCAAAAAAGCAAAGUAUACUGAAACGUGUGAGUAAUUACGUUUUGUUUUUAGAAUUUUGCUUGUUUGGUGUCCAAUAAUCUGAAACUCUCACGUAGUGCUGCAAAAGGUUUUUUGUCCCGGAGUUUCAUGAAUUUUAAAUCAAUUUGAAGUCAAGGCCUUUUAUUUCUUGCAAAAGCGGAAACGAAUUUCGUUUUUGUUGCGUUUAGUAUGUUCAAAAUUGGCGAAAAGCCGUUUUUACAAAAGGCGAAAAGCUGUUUUUUACAAAUUAUACAGAAGUUUUGGGUCUUGACUUUUGAUCAGAGCAAAAAAAUCAAAAAAAUUAUCACAUUUGAAAAAAGAAAUUUCAUAGUUUUUUUGAUAAAUCUCUUUUUACAAUGAAAAUUAGGAAAAAUUCAUUGGAACUUGAGUCAAGGAACAAAAAAAUUAUAUUUUUUUGUCUUUCGAAGCGCGGGAAACAUUCGAAACCUCUUAGUGACGGACUAUUAAAGCUAUUCGGUGACAUUCAGGAUUUUUGAUGCUUUUCCUUUUUUUUAUUCUGAAAAAAUAGAAACAAAGAACGUUCUUUCAAAGAUCAGAAUUUCCAUAAAUGAUCCUUUAUUGCCCUUCGAAGGCCAUAAAAGCAUAAAUAUUGGUUUCUUCACUACGUAAUUAAAGUGGGUUGUCUGGAUAAAGAUGAGUAUGCGGGUUUUUCAAUGGGAGGAUUUCCCUUUUUGAAUAAGUGCAUUAUUGGUCCGUGUAUGAAUGAGAUUUGAAGAAAAAUAGUAGAAAGAAGGGCUUAGAUUUAUUGUUAGGAGUGUAUUUUCGUACGAAUCUAUGCAAAGUUUGUUGAUUUGUCCUCGGAUAGCGUUCGAAAAUCGGAUUGAAGCAUUUCAUUGAGGGAUUAGUGUCCCUGAAGCCCCAAAAAGAAAGUUAUUGCCGUUUUAUCUCUACGUUCAGACAAAACAGCGUACUAUUAAAAAAUCUGUUUUCAUUCUAUUAAAGAAUAAAGAUAGACUUCAAAAUUAUUUUUCUGGGUGAACUUUAGCAGUUAAAGGAAGAGCGAUACUGGGGAAAACAUUAGUGGCCGCUUAAGAGGAUUCUUAAGGACCAUAUAGUAAAUUAAGGAAUCGAAGCAUUGAGCAAAAAGAAAAUUUUGGAUAGAAAAAAUAAAUAAAUAAAUUUCGCAGUUUUCAAAGUGAUUACAAGUAUAUUCUAAUUGAGAUUUUUAGAAGAGUAUCGAGGAAAAAGUGUUUUUGAAACUUCUGACUUUAAUUGAAAUGCUUGAAAUAAUUUUAUGUGGACUUUAUUUUACAUAAAUUCAAAUUUCAGGGCUUCUUCACAAGCCGAUAUCGGGUGCGAACUUGUUGCUCGGCUUCUCAAUGACAAUCGGACUCGGUUCAGGGCGCUCCUUGGUCAGUUUUUGCAGAGGAAACUUCAAAAGCUCAAAAGCUCAAAUGAAAAAAGUUAAAAGUAGGGAGUUAGAAAUUGAUGAAUCGAUAAAAUCAUCGUGAGAGCAAAACUUUUCAAUAUGUUUCUGCUAGAGUUGCAGAAAUUGGCAAAGUCGGAAGGACCCUCCGAGGGUCCAUAAAGGACCAUAGAAAUGUUCCAUUUAGGGUGAUGAAGGCUCUCUUUUCGCUGCCUUUCUGCGGCCUUUUUUGAGCCUCUCCCUUUUAGCGGCCAUUAUCUACCACUCCGACUUUGCUCGAGGAUCGGCUUCGAGGAUCCUGAGGCCGCGUCGCGGCUCGCGAUGCGCCCCAAUUCAACCCCUUUUUGGAAUUUUUGUCUCAAGGUGUUUCUCAAUUGGUUUGAAUCGUGGAUCGAGCGAUCAAAAACCUCGUGUCACCCAAAAUUUUGAUGAUUUAAUCUUGAAAUAAAAAGCUCAUUGUGACCAAAACUAUUUUGAGUCUUUUGAAGGUUUUGAAGUGUUUUUCAAACGUUAUAAUUGAUCAGUAACCAUAAAAUAAAUAAAGUGCUUCAGAGUGCAAGUCUGGAAACUUGUUGGGUAGUGGGAACUACACACCAGAAGACGUGAACAAAAUGGCGAGGGCCAGAUCGGUCGCUUCUGGGGUCAACACCUUCUUCAACAAGGUAACAAUCGAUUUCAGACUCGAAAAGUACUCGAAAAAUAUCUAGUACCCCUUUCAAUUUUAUUUUUUUUUUGUGAUGCCGUGUUCAAUUUGAUUCCGCAAAAUGCAAAAUACCCGUUAGAGAAAGGAAAAGAUCACUAAAUUUUGGACAGUCAGCGAUCAUUUUGCAUUUCGCGAAAUGAAAUUGAACACGGCAUAUUAUCAUGAGAAAGUUCUCGAACAAUUAUACUCCAAAAGUCUUUUUUCAAGCUUUUCUGAAUUCAGCGUAUUACUUUUUCUAUGAAACACCUAUAUUUCGAACUGAAAAGUUUUGAGGAUUGAAAUUUUAAACGAAAUCGGACUAAGAAUUUAAAAAAAAUUUUGUAUAAAAACUUGACCUGAAACAUCAAUACUCGAUUUUAAAAAGUUUUUUUUUGAUUUGUAGAAAAAAGUAGCAUUUUUAUCAGUUUGGUGUUUGAUCUAAACUGAAUAUACUCAGUCUAAAUUCUGAUUUUCCAGGCGAUAUCCAAGCUGAACGACGAAAACUACGCGGACGAGAUCCAGACGCUCUCGUUGCAACUAGGCGCAAUGCACUUUCGGAUGAAAGUCUGGUUUCAAGUGAGAUUUUCAUUUGAAAAAUAAAAUGACUCAAAAUUUUCUCAAAUUACCUUCGAAACUCGAUAUUUCCAACCAGUUCGAACCAUUUUUAGCGUUUUCAGCAAAUUAAAUUUGCUCGUAAUCGAGGCAAGAAGUGAAGAUAUAGAAAAUUAUCCGUUAAAAAUUGUCGAAACUGAAGAUUGACAACUUUGGUCAUAGCGACAAAUAGUACAUCAUGUUUUUAGACGGUCAGUCAAUUCUAUAGCUGAUUCACGGCUGGCUUGAGUCAUUGAAAAAAGGGUCCUGACACGAUAAUGCACGAGAUAGUGCCUGGUUUGUAGAGAGCGCAGGCAGGCCGCGUUCUCUUAACAACCCAAGCUAGCCGUGAAUCGGAUAUAAUAACCUUUUUUUACCCGAAAAACAACUUUAAUUUUUUUUUAACGCAACAAUUUUUUUAGACUCUCUUUUUUCAAUCAGCGUUUUUCAGGCCGAAAAUUGGCUUUGUGUGAAGAACUGUUUGCUGGAAUCCGUCGUUGCAGCUCUCACGAAGGAUCCAAAAGGUGAAAAUCUGACCUUUUUCAAUACUUAUUUCCUCAGUCCCCACAAAAAACCAGGAUUUUUUCUGAAACUUAAAAAUGAUUUCUAUUUGCCUCUCUACUCUGAAUAUUAGUUUCUCCUUCUCUGAAUAUUUUUAUAUCUUACAUCAGAAAAGCUUGAAUUGACUACAUUAAUAGCGAGAUUCAAACUCCAAAAUAAUUCAGCGUCGUAUGCCCUUUGCGGCGCCUCGAAACGAGUACUCAACGUGGACAAAAGCGUGACGCAGGCCUGGUUCAAAUUCGUUCAGUUCAUCAUCCAAAACAUGAAGAAAGGAUUCCUUGCGGUUUGUGUCCAGUUUCUCUUUUCCCUUCAUUAAAUUUCAAGGAAUUAAACUUUUUUGAUUAUCAGGAAGCCCUGAACGCGGACGGCCAACGGUAA